AUGGGCUUCGUGCAUGUGUCCUGCCUUGAGCACUGGCUGAACGAGCAGAACGUUGACAUCUGCGAGCUCUGCGGUGAGCAUUUCCAGAUGGCGGCCCAACCCAUAAGCGCGCGUCGGUUCUUCGACUGUGUUUGGCAGAGCGAGGGGCGGCUGCGACAAGCGUUGCUGAGCGACUUUGUCUACUUGGCCAUGGUGACAUCUGCCAUAGCGUUCUCCUUGGUCAUGCUGGUGGCAGCAUUGGAAGUGCUUGAGUUGAAUGGUCUUGCCUGGCAAAUAGUCGUGGAUUUCACAAGCGGCGCAUUCUACGGUUAUUUCCUGGCUCUUUCGUUCCGCAAGCUGCGCAGCUGGUACCGUUCGUUCAUGAGGUGGCAGUUGGAGAACCCGGUGCGCCGGGUCGUGGCAGUGCCGACGGUCACAGAAAUUAGUGCUGGUCCGAGAGAACGCGACGACGCGAGUGCAGCCGGUGAGUCAUCGACGUCCGGUUGA